GUGACGUCUUUCUUUCUUGGAUAAGACACCGGAUUUCUGUUGCUUUUCACUUUCAAAGUCGCAUCAGUAUCUUCUCCCAUUCCGCUAAUAAUCAACUCUCAUUUAAAAUCACACACAGGAGAAAUCAGUGGGCAGUUUGAAGUCAGUCUGAUCAUGGCAAGUGGCGGUGGUGAGGCGUCAAAGAAGCUGAAACUCUAUUCCUACUGGCGGAGUUCUUGCUCUUGCCGCGUUCGAAUUGCUCUCAAUCUGAAAGGGUUGGACUAUGAGUACAUAGCCAUCAACUUGCUUAAAGGAGAAAACAAAACUCCUGAGUUUUUGAAGCUUAAUCCGCUUGGAUACGUACCUGUGCUUGUGGAUGGUGAUAUCACUGUUGCAGACUCUUUUGCUAUCUUAUUGUAUUUAGAAGAGAAGUAUCCUCAACACCCAUUGUUGCCUCAGAAUAUUCAGAAAAAAGCCUUGCAUUAUCAGGCAGCAAAUAUUGUGUAUGCAAGCAUACAGCCUUAUCAGAAUAUACCUAUCAUAGGAUAUAUCAAGGAAAAACUUGGUCCUGAUGAGAUGCUUGCUUGGUGUCAACAUCAUAUACGAAAAGGAUUUACUGCUCUGGAGAAGCUAUUGGAAAACCAUGCUGGCAAGUAUGCUACCGGAGAUGAACCUUUCCUGGCUGAUCUAUUUUUGGCACCUCAGAUUGAUGGCGCAGUCAGAAGAUUCAAUCUUGACAUGAAUGAAUUUCCCCUCCUGUCCAAGAUUAACGAAUCAUACAACGAGCAUCCUGCUUUUCAAGAUGCUAUGCCUGGAAAGCAGCCUGAUACACCACCUGAGGCAAGGGUUGACUGAGCAAUCAAAUCGACAAGAGUUACAAGCUGGUGUACAUUUUAAUGUAAAGGAUGAACCCGGGAAGCAGUGAUCUGUAUGUGCUCGUGCGAAUUAAUGGAUGAAACUUGUUCAAGUCCAAUCUACUUCUUGUAUGUUGUAUUUCAUGAAGCUUUUUAUGGUGUUUUUCAGGAGUAAGCGUUUCCGUAAGAGGUUUUUAUGUAAUCACGACUUCUUCUUAGCUAUCCCAUCCGACUUUUUUUAGUUGCAA